CGUUCAGGAGGAGGAGUUGAAGCCGCAGCAUGGGCGCCGCCGACGGAGCCGACGUGCGCGAGAUCGCCGCCAACGCGUGGGACGAGCUGGGCCUCACCGCGGGCUCGCCCGUCGAGCGCAUCGUGCAGGUGUACCGCGAGAUCAGUCUCAAGCGAUCGCUCGGGAUUGAGCUCGACAUUGACUUUUACAAAAAGCCAUUGCCGUACCAGGCCAGCGACAUCUUGCCGCUCCUGCACUCGAUGGACGCCUCGGUCGACGACCCGGUCGAGCACCCGAGCCGCAGCAUCCGCGCCUGCGCCAUGCUCGAUGUGUCGAUGGCCUGUAUGGAGCGCGCGCAGAGCCCGUGGCAGCUGCCGUACGUUAACUACGUCAUCAACGUGCACUACUGUAUGCGAAAGCACGUCGUGCGGCGGCGCUACUCGGAGUUCAAGCGGCUCCACGAAGCGCUCAUGCACAAGCUGCCCGUGAUUCCGACGCUGCCCAUCCAGACGUGGAAGUACAAGCUCGCGAUGCCUGCCGACCGCGCGCGAGACCUCAUUGUAUACCUCUCACGUAUCAUCCAGCUGCUCGUGAACCGCGGGCUCUUCUCCGUCGACAUUAUGGCGUUCCUUGAAGUCGACUUUGGCCGCGUCCGAGCCGAGGAGGAAGGCGUAUCUGCCGAGUGUUUGAACCGCAUGAACUCAAGCGUCCUAGGCUCGAUCGUCUUUAUGAUCGAUGCCGAGUGGAUGCAGCGCUGGCGCAAAUUCGUGCUGGGCAACCACGAGACAGCGCCGCCCGGACCCAUUUCCAAUACGAACCUCCUCACCGAGCACAUGACCCCUCGCAAGAACCUGCACACGCCCCGCCAAUACCGCUGCUUAAGCGCUGCAGCGUGGAAGUUCUUUUAUACAAUCUACCGUGGCGAGCCUGAAAUCUCGCGCAGCACCAAAGACAUCUACGGUCCGCACGUGCUUAGCGCCGAGAUGGCCUGCCUCAAGCUGCAGGCGCUCGCGCGAGGCUUCCUUGCGCGCAUUCGGGCCCACCGCCGGCGCCUCUCGCUGGGUCUGCAGCACCCCGAGGCCGAGCGCACGCUCGAGACAUUCUGCCAGCUCCAAGCCGCCGAGCGCAAGACGCGACAUAUCAAGCUCCUCGUCGAGAUGAAGCAGGUGCAGGUCCGGCACCGGGCUGCGCACGUCGUCCAGCGCGCGUACCGGCAGUACCGCGAACGUUUACUCCAAAACCACGAGCGGCCUGUCAAGGUCGAGACGGGCACGACCCUUGUGGCGGCCGCCGACUACUUUACGCUGGCCGAGAUCGGUAUGAUCGAGGACGACCACACGCGCUUCAUCCACUUUGUCCACACCAUGCAGAGCGGCGUGUCCAUCAAGAAGCUCAGCUCGCGCUACAAGCACACACCAAAGCUCAAGUUCUUCAGCGUCGACCGCACUGGGGCCCAGCUGCAGUGGACGUACCCUGCCAAGUCCGGGCGCAAGACGCUGAUCUUCGCAGAGUGCAGCAGCAUUUCGCUCGAGUCGCCCAUCGUGCUCAAGUCACGCAUCGGCCUUUCCGUGAAGCAGACGCUCGAGCACGGUGUUGUAUUAGCAACACCCGAGAAGGAGGUCGUGCUUGUAUGCGACUCCAAGUGCGAGGCGCACGCGCUCCUCUUUGGCCUGCGCAUCCUCAUGGACGAAGGCAAGGUCCGCGUCGCCGCGCCCCUGCGCAUGGACGCAUACGGCGUCAUGCGGCGCAACGUACCCCACGCCAAGGACGUCAUCCGCGAAGCCAUCGCUGCCUACGCCGUCGCCGACAUGGACGACCAUUAAGCUUGAUAAUUUUAGAAUUUCUUCGUUUCCGC